AUGUCUCGAGCUACCUUCGAGUUUAUUUGCUGUGAGCUUAAACCAGCUCUUGCACGGAAGGACACCGUAUUUAGGAACGCGGUGCCUUUGGAAAAACGAGUGGCAGUAGCUUUACAUCUUCUGAAGUCCACCUGUGAUCCCGCGACCGUGGCGGACCUGUAUGGGAUUGGAGAAAGCACGGCAAAGAAAGUGCUUAAAGAAUUCUGUCAGGCCGUCAACAAGCUUCUUCGCCCAAAAUUUUUGAAGCCCCCGACUCUGGACGAUCUCAACAACAUCGUUAAUGGCUUCGAACAACUUUGGGAUUUUCCGAACUGUAUUGGGGCACUAGAUGGUUCACACAUACCAAUAUUGCGACCAGCGGAAUGUGGCACCGAUUACUAUAAUUACAAAAAGUAUUUCUCCAUCGUACUUAUGGCGGUCGCCGACCAUAAGUACAAGUUUUGGUAUGCAAAUGUGGGGCAAGCUGGACGAAACUCCGAUUCUACUUUUUUCGCGAGGACAAAACUGCACGAGAGGUUAUCAAAUGGGACUUUGUUGGGGGGUAAUUCUUGGCACCUCAUUUCGGAUGCUGCUUUUCCACUCAAGGACUGGUUGUUGAAGCCAUAUCUCGACAAUGAGAAUACCCCAGCUUAUCAGAAAGAAUUCAAUUUCCGUCUCUCACGAGCAAGAAUGGUAAUUAAGAAUGCGUUUGGACGACUGAAAGGACGCUGGAGGAUACUACUUCGUCGUAUGGACAAUUCCGUUCCAGUCGCUAUCGACAUUGUCAAUACCUGCGUCAUUCUUCACAACAUCUGCGAAACGAUGGAUGGAUUUUUUGUUGAAAACUGGGAAGAUGAUGACGAUAUCGGAUCUGUGCCUAUUUUCGAGCAACCACUGGCCCGCCCACAUAAUUCUGGAUCUACAUCCGCAAAAGAAAAACUUGACCAUAUGGCACGCUCUUUUGCCAAUGAAUGA